UGGCUGUCUCUCCCUCUCUCUCUACCCUCUUUCUCUUCAAAGAAUUUUCAGAAUUUUUAAAAUUUAUACAUAAACUCCCACUCCAUACUUUCCCAACGUCCAAACCUCCCCUUCUGUUUUCCUUUCAUUUUAUGAUUUUUAUUUUACAAUUUUUAUUCUCUGCUUUUUAUUAUCCUUAAAAAAUAUUUUUUAUCUAUUUAAAUACAUCAUUUAUGUAUUUAACUUUUUUUUGCUAAUUUUCACAAUUUCUUCACUAUUUUUUUAUCAUUUAUGUAUUUUAAGCAAAAAUAUUUUUUAUUAAAUCGCCUUAAAAUGGAGCAAGCAAUAACAACAACAAUUAAUAAUAGCCUUCCUUUACAACAACAAAAACACGAAUGGAAAGACGAUCCUUUACAAAUGUUAGCUAAACAAUGUGACACAAUUAGUGGAGACGAAGAUAAAAUUAAUAAACAACAAAUGGGGAAUAAAAGAAAAUAUUUAAAUGGAAAUUCUAAUAAUAAUGAUUUUGGAGGAGGAAAAAAUGGACAGAAUAAAAUAAAAAUUAAAAGUCCUAAUAAAUUAGACCAAACAGCAAUGCCCAAUGUUGUUCCACCUUUUAUGCCCCCACCCAACGGCUUUGGACUUUCCCAUCCAAUGCAGUUGGCUGCUGCUGCUUUUCUACAUCCUUUAAUGCCAACACAAAGACCACCAACUUUUACACCUUCAAAUAAUUUCUGUCCUCCAAAUUCCUCUCCAUUUACAUCCCCAGCUCAACUUCAUUUUAUGCAACAACUUAUGGCUGCAGCUGUUCAACAACAACAACAAUUACCUCCUCCCCCACCUCCACCAUUACCUCCGACUAAUCUUCAAACACAACAACAAUUACCGCCAAAUUUUCUUCCUUCUAUGUUUCCUCAACAACAUCCCCAAAAUCCAUCAGGCAUUCCACUUCCUGCCAAUAUGCCAGUGCCAGCAAGAAAAUUAGACCAAAGACCUCCAAGUGUUAAUAACCAAUUUAACAACAAUAAUCAACAAAAUUCUGAUAUUGAAGCAGCUACUCUUGCAAUGGCUAUGUUUCAACAACAACAAAAUAAUUCUUUCGGGCAAGGACUUGCCUCUAACGGAGGGACAACAAUGACACAACAGACAGUUGAUAAUAGGUAA